AUGAUAGAACCUGCUGAAGGGACUACGUGCGGCUCUCAAAAAAUUCACGAUAAAAUGACGCCAGAAGAACUGAUGCGAAUUUUUGGAAUUUCGCUUGCCGAUGAAGUCCCGGAGUACGAAGCGGUACCAAUUUAUGCCAAAAGCUUAGACAAAAAUAAUGGUAUAUACAUAACGUUGAACCCAUUCGGUAAGAAUUUGAAAAUGUGGCUCACUCCAAAUGAUGGGAUACUAGCCGGUGAAGACAUGCCGAUUGUUUCUUUGAAAACUAAUAAACAAGGUCUUAUCGACAUAACGAAAUACUCAGGGUUCAUUAGACAAGCUCUUCCAAAACUGUACGAGAAUAAACUGUAUGCAGCUACAUUCGCGGUUAACAAUCAUCGUACUGGAAGAAUGAGUCUGGUAAGACGAUUUCUCAUUAAUAAAAGCUCAAAAUAUGAAAGUUUUGUUGGUGAUUAUUACGUUCAACCAGUACCUUCACGACUUGUAAAACACGCUAGAAGACAAGCAAGAGCUAUCGACGAUUCAUUUGAUCAUGAAGAAUAUGAUCAUGUUUAUCAUUUUGUUCAUAAAAUACCCAACUCGAAAAUGAAUAAACAAGCUGGUAAGUAA